AUGGAGAAAAUAAAUUUCUCGGGAGGUGAACCGUUUCUUCAGGACAGAGGCGAGUUUGUAGGGCAGCUGGUCCGGUUUUGCAAGCAGGAGUUGAAGCUACCAAGCGUCAGCAUUGUUAGCAACGGCAGCCUGAUUAGAGAACAGUGGGUCCAGAAGUACGGUGAAUAUUUAGACAUUCUGGCAAUUUCAUGUGAUAGUUUUGAUGAGAAUGUCAACGUUUUAAUUGGCCGUGGUCAAGGAAAGAAGAACCAUGUGGAAAAUCUGCAGAAGCUGAGACAGUGGUGCCGAGAGUAUGCUGUUGCUUUCAAAAUAAAUUCAGUGAUCAACAGAUUUAAUGUUGAGGAAGAUAUGAAUGAGCAGAUCAAGGCACUCAACCCUGUGCGCUGGAAGGUAUUCCAGUGCCUGCUCAUCGAAGGGGAGAACAGUGGUGAGGAUGCCCUGAGAGAAGCAGAGAAAUUUGUUAUCAGCGAUGAAGACUUUGAACAAUUCCUGGAUCGCCACAAAAAUGUCUCCUGUUUGGUACCAGAAUCUAAUCAGAAGAUGAGGGAUUCAUACCUCAUUCUGGAUGAAUACAUGCGUUUUCUAAACUGUAGAAAUGGACGGAAAGAGCCUUCCAAGUCUAUCUUAGAUGUUGGCGUAGAAGCAGCUAUAAAAUUCAGUGGAUUUGAUGAGAAGAUGUUCCUAAAAAGAGGAGGAAAGUAUGUGUGGAGUAAAGCAGACAUGAAACUGGACUGGUAA